UACCCAUAUCCAAUAACAGAAUCAACAUCCCCCCUGGAAAUUCGGUCCAAGAGUUGCGCCGUCCGCCACUCAUCGCCACGCUCAUGGAAGACCCCGAAAGGAACACUGUUCCUAGGCAUACGGAGCCCCCGCCGCUCCCAUAUUCAUUACAUACUCGGAAAAAGUCCAUCGCAUUCUUCUGGACUAUCUUUGUUCUUGAUACCUUAGGCCAGCCGGUCGCGUUAUACUGGGGACUAUGGUACGGCACCAACUUGUCGCAUAAUUUGGGUAUGUUCUUUGUUGCUCUGGUCUUUGAUUUUAUUGCGGACAAGAUUUGCAAAAUGUUUUCUAUCGUCACCGCUUGUCUGGGAGGUAUCUCGGUUUUUGAGUACUUCUAUCGUCUACAUAAUCUCUUCAAGAAGGGCUCGUGCGCCCGGCCGCUAAAUGCGCCAAAAUCAAGACUCGACUUUUUCCAUAUCAAUUUCACGAUAGUAUGGCUCAUCUUAGCGGUCGAGCUGAUUGCGUACGUUGGCAAUAACCCAUCCCCAUACUUCAAUCAACAAAAGCUAACAAACAAACCAGUGGAACCGUUCCUACAGAACCAAUUGGUAAAGCCAACAGAUAACAAAAACAAACGAAACACAAAAGUCAUUUCUCUAACCUCAACAACAGUGCGCCUCGUCGCCAUGGUCCUCCCAACAGUCAUGUUCUACUUCGGAAUCGUCCACCUCGUCCUCGACAUCCUCCGCAUGGCCGGCUUUAAAGCCCCCUUCCGCAUCUCAUCCACUCCCAAAGGCUCCCCAAUGCCAACAGCCCUCUACGCCCUGAUCGAAGACGUCGUCGCCGUCGACGGCGGAGGCGGCCAAAUCUACCGCUACGCCCUCCGAACCCGAUACCUAUCCAGCCCCUACUUCCGCCGCAUGCUCUUCGAAAUGAACUGCUUCUGGAGCGGCGGCUCAAUCAUCUGCGCAGCAGCCAUCACCGCCAUAAUCUUCACCGUCGAAGAAUCCGUAGCAUUCACCCUCGGCUGGUCCCUCCCCUUCGCCUGGGCCCUCAUCUGGACCGCCAUCACCAUCCCCUGGGUCCAGAGCGACCUGCGCCGCGAAAAGAAGGCCUGGGCCGAAAACAGAGGCCAGGGCGGCAUUCCCUGGACGGACGAUAUCACCGCGCCGACGGCGCGCACCCGCUUCGCGUCUGUCCAGGAACGCCUGCCGAACCUGCUGCCCUGGAGCCGGGAGGCAAGGGAGAAGCAGAGCGCGCCCUCGACGCCGUCUGUUGAUGGCGUGGAGGACGGCGCGCAGGCCACUGCGCCCGUUGUUGCGGGCGCUCCGGAGGUUCCUGCUACUGCGCAUCGGCCUGAACGUAUUCUUCUUGGGGCUGAGGAGCCUGAGGGGGCUACGGACUUGGCUGCUCUCGAUGAGAAAAAUACUGAGCUACCUGGUACAGAGACGGCUCGUGAGGCGACUGCGUCGACGACGGCUGACGCUGGCGCGCAGCCGAGCAGUCAUUGA